UCCUUGUACUUACUGUAAGUCGCUCUGGAUAAGAGCGUUUGCUAAAUGACUAAAUGUAAUGACUGUAACGACAUAAAUCCUUAAAUGGUCAUCAUCCGCUACAACAGGGGGCGCUGUUGUCUCGACGUUGUCAUAGAACGGUGAACUGAUCACCGGAAGAGUUUGAUUUUCACAUCCUAGUGCAGGAAGCACAAUGCUAACGUCCUGUUAAAGUAUAUGCUAACGUCGUCCAUAAGCGGUGUGGCUACAGUUGGUAUGAAUGUAGAAGGGAAGUUUGAAAACUUGCAAUUACCUACUGGAGUCUUAUCUGCACGUGUUGCUUAUUUACAAGUGAUGUAGGGAGAAGGAAAGGAGAGAAUUGUUGUGGGGUUCGAAAACUUAGUUGAUCACUUGUCAAGGAAGACAGCAAGGGGGUUAGCCAGAUGCUAAUAGCUAACCUCACUAGAAUCUCAAAAUGUCUGUCCCAGACGUGUUUAAAGAACAUAUCUGUGCGCGACUAACAAUGACAGCUUUGGAAAUAUUCAGAGAAUUUGAAAAAACGCUGUUUGGGCAUCAAGAAGAAAUAUCUCGUUCCAAGGAAGAGAGCGCGCGAAUACAACGGCUUUUGGACGCUGUUACUAAACCUUAUAUCAAACUACACCAAACAGAAGUGCAGCAGCUCUCUCUCCCGGAGCCCCCACAGAUUAAAGAGGAACAGGAGCUGUGGACCAGUCAGGAGGAAGAGCAGCUCCAAGGACUGCAGUCUGAAACUACAAACUCCAUAUUCACCCAGCAGCCAAAGCUUUCAAACUUAACAAUGUCCAAAUUAUAUAUGAUGAGAGAAUUUUUCAGUGAGCGACUAACAACAGCAGCUUCCGAGAUUUUCAGAGCCAUUGAAAUAAUGGUCGCAGAGUACAAAGAAGAAAUCUCUCGUUCCAAGAAGGAGAGCGCGCGGAUACAACGGCUGUUUGACGUUCUUACUCAACCUGACGGCAAGCUACACAGAACAGAUGUACAGCAGCUCUCUCUCCUGGAGCCCCCACAGAUUAAAGAGGAACAGGAGCUGUGGACCAGUCAGGAGGAAGAGCAGCUUCAAGGACUAAAGUCUGAAACUACAGACUCCAUACUCACGUCUUCCAGUGUGGAUUGUGAUUCUGAUCAAGAGGGCUCUAUUGAAUGUUCACAUCUUGACAAAGCUGUCCAAGUGGACAAUAGAGAAGGAGACUCUCUACCCACCAACACAACUGAGGAGCAAAUCAAAGCAGAGUCUCAUGUAGAAGACUCUGCAGCACCAGAACCAGGCAGUGACUCUCAGCCCCUCUCUGUUGUAGCUCCAGACUGUCCUGCAGCUCAGAGUCUGGUGGAGGAGGAACAUGGAGGAGUGAUGCCUUUGCUAGAAACAGUCAAAUCAAGCAGAAAAAGAAAGAACACUCUUCCCAUGGAAGGUACGCCACAGGGCAGUCACACAGGAGAGAAACCUCAUCAGUGUUUAGAAUGUAAGAAGAGCUUUACUUUGAAGCAAACUUUGCUUAAUCAUAUGAUAAUACACACUGGAGAUAAACCAUUUCAGUGUCAAGAAUGUAAAAAGAGUUUUAGAUGGCAGUCAUCCAUGGUUACUCACAUGAGAAUACACACAGGAGAAAAACCAUAUCGGUGUCUCGAAUGUAACAACACUUUUAAUAAGAAAUCUACUCUGGUUGGACACAUGAGGACACACACAGGAGAGAAACCGUAUCAGUGUAAAGAAUGUAACAAGAGCUUUAGAUGGCAGCCUAAUUUGAUAACUCACAUGGUAAUACACACAGGAGAAAAACCGUUUCAGUGUCAGGAAUGUCACAAGAGGUUUCGCUGGCAGCCUAACAUGAUUACUCACAUGAGGACGCACACUGGAGAGAAGCCGUUUCAGUGUCAGGAAUGUAGCAGGUGUUUUUCUCUUAAGUGUAAUCUCAUUAAACACAUCAAGAUGCAUACGAGGUAAACCAUAUCGGUGUCAGUGUUGUAACAACACUUUCAGCCGGUAGAACACACAUAUACAGCGUAUAUGAGGAUGCACAGGAGAGGCAGCGUAUAUGAGGACACAGGAGAGGCAGCGUAUAUGAUGACGCACAGGAGUGGCAGCGUAUAUUAGGACACAGGAGAGGCAGCGUAUAUGAGGACACAGGAGAGGCAGCGUAUAUGAGGACACAGGAGAGGCAGCGUAUAUGAGGACACAGGAGAGGCAGCGUGAAGAAUUGUAAAACUUUAUGAUGUUUAGUCAACAGCAGCCAAUCAUGCUGGGCCUGGCUUCAGUAGUAUCAUCACUAGUAAAUAUUACUAAACAAAUUAAAACUGGUGUCAGUAUAAUGUGAGAUGAAAGAAACAGGCUGUGUGUCGUAUGUGAAGCCAGGUGGAUGGUGCUACUGAAGGGGAACAUGCUUUGUGUGAAGCUAGGUGGAUGGUGCUACUAAAGGGGAACAUGCUUUGUGUGAAGCUAGGUGGAUAGUGCUACUGAAGGGGAACAUGCUUUGUGUGAAGCUAGGUGGAUGGUGCUACUGAAGGGGAACAUGCUUUGUGUGAAGCUAGGUGGAUGGUGCUACUGAAGGGGAACAUGCUUUGAAACAAACUGGGGAAGAUAAAGGCUGUAAGAAUGUAUUACUGUGUGGAUGAUGUCACCGUCCUGUCACUGUUAGAAUCACUUUAAUGAAUGUUUUUAUUCACUUGAA